GACUUGACUGUAGAGAUCACAUAAAUACCGUUUUCUCUAAUAAAUAAUUUUUCAUCACUCACUGUUGUCUCCCAGCAUUGCUCCUUUAGACAUCGUCAUAAAAUCUUGCUUAAAAAGUUUGUGAAAAAUUAAUUAAAAGGAAAUCUUCAGUAUCAAAAAGUAAGGCAAAUUCUUCGUCCCAAAAAAGGCUCAAAAAUGGCUCAAAGAGAUUACAGUGAUGGUCUAACAAGAGUAGCCCAUAUGCUUCUCAGUCAACUAAGGGAAUUGGCAAAUACACCGCCAACAGAUCCCAUUCGCGAGACCGUACAAAAGCUAAAGAAAAUGAAGGUAGAUGGGCAUCCCGAUAGCGCUAUUAUUGAUUAUUUUCUCAAGUACCUAAAGGAGAAUGAUCGCUUUCCGGAUAUUGCGAAUCAGAAGGAGAAGAAGAGAGAUAUUAAAUCGGAGAAUUUACGGAAAGAUGGGAAUAAAUUAUACAAAGACGCCAAAUACGUUGAUGCUGUUAUUGCAUACAACCGGAGUGCCUGUUAUGCUGUGUCCAAGGAGAAUAUCAGCAUUGCCCUGGCCAAUCGUUCAGCUGCUUUCUUUGAUAUGAAAAUGUACCAGGAGUGCCUCGAAAGUAUCCGUUUGGCACGGGAGUACGGCUAUCCGGAGCGCUUGAUGGAGAAGCUGGAUAAAAGGGAAGCUACGUCUAAGAAGGAAUUGCGAAGGAAGCCACCACAGCGUGAAAUCGUCGUAACAAAAGUAGGUUUGCCAGUAAAUGAGAAGAUCCCCUACCUGGCCAGAUGCCUUAAAAUGCAAGAGGACAGUCUCUAUGGGAGGUAUGUGAUUGCCGAUGAGGACAUCCCCGCUGGGACAGUUAUUGCCAUUGAGGAACCUUUUUGCAAGGUCUAUGGGAAUGAAGAUAUGUACUUGAGAUGUGCUGUAUGCCUCUAUGAGGUUUCUCAUCUUCUCAUCCCUUGCGACAAGUGCUGCCAAACCAUGUUCUGCUCCAAGAAAUGCCAGGAAAUCGGUGCUAAAGGCUUUCAUGCUAUUGAAUGCCCAAUUAUGGGAGCUAUUUAUGAGAAUUUCGACGAUACACUUCGGCUGAUCUUUCGAACACUCAUUUGCUCAUUCCUUGCAUUCCCAGAUAUUGUAACAAUGCAACAGGCUCUUGAGAAGAUCGAAAGGGAGAAGAAAAAUGUCUUUAGUUUCGAUUGGCGCAAGAAAUUAACACCUGAAGAACUCUACACGCCCAUUCACACCUUGAUGACGAAUGAGGGGAAAUUUGAGGAUGAUCACGUACUUAUGGUAUACAGACAGUCAUGCCUGAUGUUCAGCCUCCUCAGGAGAUACUCUCCGGUGUUCAAGGAGCGUUACCUAACCACUCCAACAGCGGAGGAUUUUCUAAAGAAUCACACCUGCCAUAUCAUUCUAAUUGGGGCCCUAAACAUCUACGGUCUCCACGACACUAUGAGCUUCUUCGAUCCAGGAACUAAACCUCUGGGACUAGGAGCUGCUCUUUAUGCCUUUCACAGCCUCCUCAGUCACUCAUGCGCACCCAACAUUUCUCUUGUUUCCGAUGAAUCCGGCACUAGAUCAGUCACGCUCAAGAAUGUCCGCAAAGGCGAACAAAUUGUCACCAACUACGGUUGCGAUCAUUUGCUAAUGGACAAAGCAGGUCGCCAGGAGGAGCUUAAAAAGAGAUAUGCCUUCCUUUGCAACUGCAUUGCCUGUGCGUUGGACUACCCAAAGUAUGGAGCUCUACCGAUACCAGAAAAUAUCCCACGUGUACCUGCACAGCGCUUCCGAGACGCAACCAAUCUCACUCGUUUCUCAGUCAAAUGCGCCAAGGAUGGCUUCAAUGCGCUCUGCAAGUACAUUCGCAAGCACGGGCAUCACUAUCCCGCAAGACAACUCUGUGAAGCCGAAGAAGAUCUCAGGAUUUGCUUUAAUAUCAUGAGCAGGAAUAUUCCGUUGAGGUUGCUUGAGAAAGCUCGUCUUAGUGCCAAAUGAUUUAAUUCAUAUUAAUUAUGGGUACGAUUUGUUCAUUAAUUUUUUUAAAAUUGUUUUUUGCUUUACAAAUUUGUUUUUCUUAUUGUAUUUAAAUGUUUUUUGGAAUUAAAAUUAUAAUUAGGAUGUGUGAAA